UAUCAAAUCUGAGUUCACAAGGAGAAUAUGUCGGAUGUCAUCUGCAAUGGCACAUCUUAUGAUGGCUCGCUUGCGCGUACGCUCACACAGCUUAUCUGACUUGGAGGACUUCCAUUCACCUUAUCUGAGGACGUCUAUCCACCUUAUCUGAGUACUUCCAUCCACCUAGCCCCCCGCAAGAUGUCUCCUCAGAAUAUACGCAUCGACGUUCACCAUCAUGUCUUUCUCGAUGCUGAGAAAAAGGCAAAGAAAAGCUUGGAAAUAGGCUUCCGAACACCAGAGGAAAAUCUACCUUGGACACCACAGAUUAGUUUGGCUGUAAUGGACAAGCUGGGGGUUCAAACAACAAUUCUCUCUCCCCCUCCAGUCUCAUCCAGUGGGGCGGAACACCCCGCGGAAGUGAGGAAACAGAAUAUUUACUCAUCGCAAUUAUGCGCCACAUAUCCUGGAAGAUUCGGUUUUUUUGCUUACCUCCCCUUCCUGGAUGAUAUUCAAGGUACGUUAGAGGAGAUCGCCUUCUCCUUUGACGUUCUUGGUGCAGAUGGAGUGGCUCUGAUUUCGAGCUAUGGGGCUGGCAAUUCUGCGAAAUAUGUCGCCGACGAUUUAUAUGAUCCCAUCUGGGAGGAAUUAGACCGAAGACAUGCCGUCGUGUUUUUGCAUGGCGCUCAGACGCCUUCCUCUACCCCUUACCCUCAUCCGUGGCUUGGCGUGCCAAUUUCUGAGGUCCCCAACGAGACCUACAAGGCUGCUGCCCACCUGGUGGUCAGUGGAAAAAAGCGACACUUUCAUAACGUGAACAUAAUCCUCACUCAUCUGGGCGGGAGCACGCCAUUUCUUGCUCCACGUGUUGCUGCCCUUUCACAUUACAUGGGUUGCCCGUUGACGCCGGACGAGAUCAUAGAAGAUUUCAAGAGCUUUUAUUUCGAGACUGCUCUUAGCGCGCACGAAACGACGCUUACCGCAAUGGAGACAUUCGUACCGUCUGACCGCCUCCUCUUCGGAACUGAUUUCCCAGCCGUGAGUAUCAAGACAGUCGAGUGGUACACACAGAACCUGGAGAAUCAUUUCGCCGAAAGACCAUUGGACCUCGCUAAUACCAUGCACGAAAAUGCUCUUAGGCUCUUUCCAAACCUAGGAAAAAGCAAAUACGUUUCCAACGGUGGACAGCAGAUCAACGACGGGCCAUAACGCGCUGUAAAUUUGUGAAAGGAUGCAUUGAAGGCCGU